UUCCACGCGCUCGGAGUGAAAUUCGAAUCCAGGUGAAAAUCCACAGGUGGAAAACGGAAUACUUUGGGAGCUAUGGACUCUGCCGAGGAAAACUGGUCUGAUUUCGAUCCAAUAGCCAAGGACUUCUACGAUGAAGCGCAGAACAAGUACACCAGCGAGUCUGGCGAUAUUCUGGUAGACGAGGCUCCUGUCCCACUCAAGAAUGAGAAGGAGAAAGGCGACGCCAAGCAGAUCAAAUAUCCUUACUUGGUGAUCCCCAAGAGCAGUCCCUUUGUGACCGAAAAGAUGCUGAUCAACUUCUUUGGGAUGACUUCCGUCCAGGGCCUGGAAUACCGUCGAGGGUCGUGCGUUUACUUUGUCUACUUUCUCAACAUUGGAUCCCUAGAGGCAGCGCGUCUGCGGGUGGAGAAAUACCCGAAUCUGAUCAGAUGCGUUACUGGUCGCCACCAGAAGGAGCGGGAACGCAACUUCGAAUCCCUGGCAGCCACUGAAACAAUGCCUAAACCGAGUCCAGCCUUCUUGGAAACUGAACGGACCCCUGUGGACCUCCAACCCCAUGGGGUUCCCAUCUCGGCCGGCAGACACAAACAUCCGGAGUUUCUCCGGCCUCCGCUGGUCACCAAGGCGGACUACCAAGGCGGAUCGCUGUUAGCCACCAAUGAUCCGUAUCAGCGAUAUCUCAAUGUCAAGUAUGAGUUCGCCCUGGAGCGCCACAAUGUCUAUAACCUGGCGGAUGAGACAAGGAUACCGCAGGUCGUCCUGCAUUUCCGUUCAGGAAGAUCCAUUCCAGUGUCAGCGAUUGCUAAUGCUAAGGAUGUUAAAUACGAAAACCUUUUGGAACCAGGCAUAAGCAAGUGUGUAGUCUGUCAGAACUGGACGGAUACUUUCUGUAAGCUUUGCAAGAUGCCCUUCUGCAACGCCUCUUGUUUCGCGGAUGUGGCCGAACAGCACAAGGAGACUUGCGGCAAGGGAGAGCUCCUUGAGCUUGACGAAAAUGUGGGCCGAAAGUUUCCAAAGACCGGAUUGCCUCUGUCCGGGUCCAAAGUCAGGAUCACAGCUUUCGAGCAGACCAACGUGGUCUAUGUGCGCUCGGCUGACAUUCAGGUGGAUAUCGCCUAUUACACAGUCCUCUCGGAGGUGAUGAUGCUGGGCAAAACGGCAUCCAACCUGCAGACAAACCCAGUCAGUGGGCAGAUUGUGCUCUACGAGUUUGAAAGAAGGCUAUUCCGCGCCAUGGUGCUCAACGUGGACGACCCCGAGGACAUCUAUGUGGUCUGCAUUGAUUUCGGCAGCAUUGAAGUUACGCAGCUGAAAUUUCUGUACGAAUGCAGUUCCUAUCUAGCAAGACUGCCUUGCUAUCCCGUGGCUGUGCAGUUGCGUGGAAUUCCGAGGCGCUUUCUGGGCCCCAACAUAAGAGAAAUCAUGUACGAACUGGACCAGUCCAUGGUUUUCGAUAUAAAAUAUUCGAAGCGCGAAUUCGACUAUAGCAAGAGCUUGCAAAUCGUGGUGCUGACCGAGAUCGAAGUUAACGGCAGCUUGAACCGUCUAUUUAAGACCAUCAUGACACCCGUGGAGCCCUCGUUGUCGGAUCUGGGAUACACGGAGGACUUUCUUCCACAUGUCCCCUUGCCCACAGGGAAGAACAUCGAUCUAGUUGUGAUGGACAACUCGUUCCUAAACUUCGGUUUCGUAUACUGCACUGCCAGGGAUCUGGCAUACGAGAUCACCAAAAUGCAGCGGGACAUACAGGAAUAUGGCGAAAAGAUUGCAAAGUGCACAACCUACGCGCCACCGAAAGGCACUCUUUGUAUAGCCAAGUACGAGGGCAAGUGGUGUCGAGGUGUUUCCUUGGAACUGGUGGGCGAUGGUUAUCCCAGAAUCUUAUUUAUUGACUACGGAAACAUUGUGCCCACCCAUGUCAGCGACAUAAGGGCCUACCCACCGCAGUUCAUCUUCCCUGUAAUGACUGAAGAGCUAUCCGUGAAUGAUUUGCCUGACGAGCUCAACGAUGUACAAAUAAAACAGCUUGAGCAAUGUUUUCCACUGGGAGCCACCGUCACCUGCAGUGAGGUAAUUUACAGCGAGAAGGACAACAAAUUUUGCGUUCGAAUUGACAGCCUGCAUUUUAAACUUGCACUAAGUGGAAAAAUAAGUUAAAAAAAAAACAGCUAGCUUAAGAACUCUCUUUCCUUAAACAUUUCAAAAAUUGAAACAGCAUAAGAUAAGUAUUAUUAGAAUUAGAUUUACAUAUUCCCAAGAAUAUGUUUUGACUAUUAAGAUUCCGAAAUUGUUCACUUACUGAAGUUUAAAUGAAAACUAUUAUUAUUUCUUAUUUUUUAAGAUUUGCUACUGUUUUCCUUGAAUAAACCAGUAAUAGGCUUUCCAGACUAUCAGAGAUAGUGGAUUCCUGUAAAAUAUAAACUGAA